AUGAGGUCUCUCGUCCUUCUGUCGUCCGUCCUGGCCCUGGUGGCACCCUCCAAAGGCGCCUUCACAUGGCUUGGUACCAACGAAGCCGGUGCCGAAUUCGGCGAGGGCUCCUACCCCGGCGAACUGGGCACGGAAUACAUUUGGCCUGACCUGGGUACGAUUGGUACGCUGAGGAACGAGGGGAUGAACAUAUUCCGCGUUGCGUUCUCCAUGGAGCGCCUGGUGCCUGAUUCGUUGGCUGGACCGGUAGCGGACGAGUAUUUUCAGGACUUGGUCGAGACGGUCAACGGCAUUACGGCCCUGGGUGCGUAUGCAGUCCUUGACCCGCAUAAUUAUGGACGGUACUACGGCAACAUUAUCACUUCAACCGAUGACUUUGCAGCCUUCUGGACCAUCCUUGCCACCGAGUUCGCUUCUAAUGAGCUUGUCAUCUUCGAUACCAAUAAUGAAUACCACACCAUGGACCAGUCCCUUGUCCUGAACCUCAAUCAGGCGGCCAUAGACGCUAUUCGCGCCUCCGGUGCCACCAGCCAAUAUAUCUUCGCGGAAGGAAACUCUUGGACUGGAGCCUGGACCUGGGUGGAUGUCAACGACAACAUGAAAGCGCUCACCGAUCCCCAAGAUAAGCUCAUCUACGAGAUGCACCAGUAUCUUGACUCCGACGGCUCUGGGACGAACACGGCCUGCGUCAGUUCUACUAUCGGCAGCGAACGCGUGACAGCCGCUACAAACUGGCUGCGAGAGAACGGGAAACUGGGGGUGCUCGGUGAGUUUGCAGGCGCAAACAACCAGGUCUGCAAGGACGCAGUCGCAGAUCUGCUGGAGUAUCUUGAGGAAAACAGUGAUGUAUGGCUUGGGGCCCUUUGGUGGGCUGCUGGGCCUUGGUGGGGUGAUUAUAUGUUCAACAUGGAGCCUACUUCGGGUAUUGCAUACCAGGAGUACUCGGAAAUCUUGCAGCCGUAUUUCGUGGGAAGUCAAUAA